AUGGCGAUGGCAGCGGGGCGCGCGGCGAGGCUACCAGCGGCCCGGGCCUCCCGCUGGCCGUGGGGCCGGCGGCUGGCCCACGCGGGGCCGGCGGCCCGGCCGCGGCGGGAGUACGACGCGGUGGUGAUCGGGGCAGCGCAGCGUGACGCCCCGCUGCCGCGCACGCAGGCUGCCUACCUGCAGCAGGCGGGGCUGCAGACGGCCGUGCUGGAGAGGCGCCGCGUGCUGGGCGGCGCGGCCGUCACGGAGGAGAUCGUGCCGGGAUUUAAGUUUUCCCGGGCGUCCUACCUGCUCAGCCUGCUGCGGCCGCAGAUCUACGCCGAGCUGGAGCUGCAGCGGCACGGCCUGAGGGUGCUCCCGCGGGACCCCUACUCCUUCACGCCGCUGCUGGAGGACGGGAGCCCCCCGCGCUCCCUCCUGCUGGGGCACGACGCGGCCCAGACCCGGCGGCAGAUCGCGCAGUUCUCCCAGAAGGAUGCUCAGGCUUAUCCCGAGUACGAGGCGUUCAUGGGGGGCUUGGUGUCUGCCAUCGACCCGCUGCUGGACGCUCCCCCCGUGGACGCAGGCGCGCUGGGCCGGGGCACCCUGCUCCAGCGGCUCAGGGCCCUGCGAGCCCUGCGGCCCCUGCUGCGGACAGGGCUGGCGAUGGGGCGGCAGCUGCCCCGCUACUACGAGGUGCUCACGGCCCCCAUCUCCAAGGUCCUCGAUCAGUGGUUUGAAUCGGAGCCCUUGAAGGCCACCCUGGCCACCGACGCGGUGAUCGGAGCGAUGGCCAGCCCCCGCACGCCCGGCAGCGGGUACGUGCUGCUGCACCACGUGAUGGGCGCGCUGGAGGGCCGGCGGGGUGCCUGGGGCUACGUGGCUGGCGGCAUGGGCGCCCUCUCCCAAGCCAUCGCCAGCGCGGCGGCCGCCCGCGGAGCGCACGUCUUUGCCGAGAAGCCCGUGAGCCGCGUGCUGCUGGGCCCGGACGGGAGGGCGCAGGGUGUCGCCCUGCAGGACGGGACCGAGGUGAGGAGCAAGGUGGUGCUGUCCAACGCCUCCCCCCAGCUCACUUUCCUGGAGCUCACCCCCCAGGAGCAGCUACCGAAGGACUUUGUCCAGCGGAUCCGGCUGGUUGACACGUGCUCCCCUGUCACCAAGAUCAACGUGGCAGUGGAUCGGCUGCCCAACUUCCUGGCCGCCCCGAACACCCGCGACGGCCGGCCCCUGCCCCACCACCAGUGCUCCAUCCACCUCAACUGCGAGAACACCCAGCUCCUCCACCAGGCUUUCGCCGAGGCCAGCGACGGGCACCCCUCCAGCAGGCCCAUGAUCGAGCUCUGCAUCCCGUCCGUGCUGGACCCGGGGCUGGCCCCGCGGGGCUGCCACGUCGUGUCGCUCUUCACGCAGUACACGCCGCCGGUGCUGGCGGGCGGGCGGCCCUGGGACGAGGCGGCCCGCAACGCGUAUGCCGACGCAGUGUUCGACUGCAUCGAAGCCUACGCGCCGGGGUUCAAGGCCUCUGUCAUCGGUCGGGACAUCCUGACGCCGCCGGACCUGGAGAGGAUCUUCGGGCUGCCCGGUGGGAACAUCUUCCACGGAGCAAUGUCUCUGGACCAGCUGUACUUUGCCCGGCCAGCGCCGUCCUAUUCGGGCUACCGGUCACCGGUUCCAGGCUUGUACCUGUGUGGAAGCGGAGCCCACCCCGGAGGGGGAGUGAUGGGGGCAGCAGGACGCAACGCGGCCCGGGUGGUCCUCGAGGACUUCAGGCGGCUGUGAAGGCAGCGGUGACACCGGCAUUGCCCGCGUGGGGUGGUGGCUGCUGUGAACCGAGUCACCCUCCAGGUGUGGGGCCAGGAAGU